AUGCCGGGUCUCAUCCCCCUUCGCAUGAGCACGCUCAUUUCACCUUCAAAAAUCACAUUCUCUUUCUCAGACGAUAAGUCCGACUACACAUCAUGGGAACCAACACCGUACAGACCAAGAACGCAUGAGAUGGAGCGUAGGCGAACAACACGGGAACGAGUAAUUCCUGAGCCUCUCGUCAUUCCCAAACCAGCUCCCACAACGCCUGCACAAUGGAAGAAAGCUCUAGCUGAGGUCAAGAGGGACUUUGCCAAUCGAAAACAUCGGCAAUGCGCUAUGCGAUGUAAUGAGCUUCUCGAUAACAUGCAAGACUCGAACAAGCCAGAGACGGCAUGCCUCAUCUACAUUCGCUUCUAUGCCGCCUCUGCUCUCGAGAUGCAAGUGCGCUCCCUACAGCACAACUCUCCUUACAGGACGAAGCUCCUCCACCAAGCUCGCCACCACUAUAGCGUCGCCGCCGAUCUCAUCAAAGAGGACGAGGCUGCUAAGCGACGCCCCUCAUCACGCUCUCUCUCUCCAAUGUCCAGCCUUCACACUCCUUUUGGUUCAGACGCCUCGGUCUCCACAGUCUCUACACGAAACUCCUCUCCCUCACUAUCCAUCAGCUCCCUGGAUAGCUGUCUGAAGGGCCGCAACAGCCGGCCCAAGCCAAAGAAGCGCGUCGCCUUCUGCGAUGUACCCUCUUAUGAGCCAUCAUGCGAGCCAUCUUACGAGUCUAGCUAUGAGCCCCUGGUUCGUCCAGACUCUCCCACCCUUGGUUUCGACGACGACUGGGGUUUCCGCCAGCCCAGCCCUGAACCUCCGGCCCUCUACCCGCAGCCCGUCCAGCUCGGCCCCGGAAGGCCACAGUUCCCACUCCCUUCUCCCACAAACUCCGAGUUCAGCGCUGUCCCAGACGACGACGACAGCUAUUUUGAUACCCCUACCACUGCAGACAGCUUUCUCCACGCCCGCUCUGUCCACCACUACUGCACAGUGCUCUCGAGCCUGCAGCGCCAAAUCGCCUCUCACCUGGAAUGGUUGGAGCGCGACAUUGCCGCUGCAGAGAAUCCCAAGCCUGCCCAGAUCCUCAGCGAGGAGAUGCGCGCUCUAGAACUGCGCACGCGCAUCGAGCGGCUCAAGGCCAACGGCUGGAAGAGACAGCGGUUCGACUUCCGACGGUAUGAAGCCCUUCGGGAGAGUGCCAUGGCGGAUAUUGUCUGA